CAAAUUUCCUGGACCAUUUUCCUAUAAGAGCAAGUCGUGAUCCGUGGUUCUAUAGUUCCACUUGUUUUCUAUUUGCCGGAGAAUUGCCUGGCAAGCACAGCGAGAGAAUCAUUGCUUCUUUCCGUGCUACGACUUUCUGUUCUCUCUCUCCCUCUCACGUAUUAGAAGCGGUUCUCUUCCCUCAGUGUUCCAUCUACUAUUCACUCCCUUGCUCCUCAUCCAUCAUCUGACUUCGGCCGUUGCAUAACAUAACCAUGGCAAUCCGUUCUGGAGUGUUCGUUCUCUGUAUGCUGGUAGCUGCCAUGUUCUGCACCGGCUACGUAUCCGGUUCAUCCGUAGCAGCGGGAUCUUCAGCGGUGGAGGUCAAAAGUCGCAGUAAGCGUUCUCUGCUCAAUUUCGGCGGUAUGAUCUCGUGCGUGAUACCCCAAGCUGGUAACGCCGUCACUGCGGCGAUACGCUAUACGAACUACGGAUGCUGGUGUGGAGUGGGCGGUGCGGGGCCAGUUGCUGACGAGAUCGACGCGUGCUGCAAAGUGCACGAUGCUUGCUAUGACGACGCCAUUGCCAGCGGAUGCUCUAAUCCGAAGUUCGACAAUUACCACUGGAACUGCGAUGGUGGAGACCCGUCCUGUCGCAGCACGUGGUGGCAAAAACUCUUCGGUGGCGGUAACAACAGCUGUGAGAAGAAGAUCUGCAAUUGUGAUCGCGUAGCAGUGGAUUGUUUCAACAAGCACAACAGCGUGUACGACUCCAGCAACAUCGCUUACAUUGAUCGCAGCCACUGCAACUGAAGUUACCAACCGUGAAGGAAACGCACCCAUGCAUUGCUGCACUGUGUCUGCUCAGAUUAUAGCGUAACGCUGAAUUAUGUUUAAACAUGGUAUGGCUGGCCUUAACUCGAGUCAAGGCAAGGAGCCUGGCUUUAAUCCUCCGCCGCAGUGAUGAUCAAGUGCCUUGAGGUGUUUCGGCUAUAGCACUUCAAACCGUCAGAAGCAAUUCAGCUUGCACAUGAAGUACAUUGUACAUGUGCGAAUACAUAUUAAAUAUUAUGCAUGUUUACGCCAUUUUAAUCAACAAAUUCAACUGUGUCAUUCGUCAAUUUUAUUUCGCAUCCAUCAUCAGUGGUAUUGGGAGUUGAUCACCCGCUUUUCUACAAACAUUGUACAUGUACAUGUACAUAUUCAUGGUCUGCAAAAUUGAUUCGCUUUGCAUCACACAUGCAUCGCACUCUUCCUGAGAAAUACCACGCCAAUCUUGAUGCCAAAUCCCUCAGAUUCGCUCACGACCUCUUCUAGUACUUACACGCUGAUUAUUCAUUGUUCAUUAUCAGAGUGUUGUAUUUCUGAUCUUCCUUUUUUAAUUUUACAGUUGCAGACCACCGGAGAAUUCAAUUCAACCAUGCCACGUA